AUGAAUCGGCAAUUCUAGCAGAACUGUCCUUUUAGAUAACAAUAUGUUGGAUAGUAUGAUUUCUUAACAAAGUCUGAUAAUACAUUGGAUAAAGGGAAAGUUAAGCUAAUUUAACAAUCUUCUUCUUUUGCUGAUUAUGUCAAUGCCUUGAAAGAUGGAAGAUAAAAAAAGAAUCAACGUCAUAACACUGAAACAAUAUAAAGAUGUCCAAUACUUCCUAAGAUUGAAGUUAUCAUCCCAGAUCUCUAGACAAUGAAAUCACAUUUCGUUUUAAGCCUUAAUAAAAGCACUACUACUUCAUAACAUUCAUAAAGCUAUAUAUAACAUUCCCAUCCAAAUACUCCAAGAUCUAGAUUAGGAAUUCCUGUAUCGAUUACUCGAAGAUCUUUACCACCAUAAAAGUAAGUAAAAUUAUCUCCAAUUACCCCAAAAAGUUCAUUUUGCAUUAAAUCUAAUUUCGAAGAAGAUGAUGGAAUAUUUCUUACUAAAAUAGGUGGUGAAGAGGUGAUUCAGGAAAUAGCUAGAUUAUUUCAUAAACAUUCUCAAAUUCAUCCCAUAAUAUAGAGUAAUCAAUUUGUAUAUAUAUGAGAAAUUGAUGAUCCUGCAAUGUAUGAAUCCAAAUUUGGAACAUUUCUUGAGUAUAUCAUGGGAAAACCUGUAUUUUUUAAUAUUGAAGCUCUAAAAUAAAAACAUAUCCCCUUAAAAAUAGAUCAUGCAUUAUACAAUCAAUUUAAGAGUUACUUAAUUGUAAAUAAUCAUUUAUAAUAAGAAAGAGUAGUUUUAUUCAAAGUAAUAAAGGUCCCCCUGAAUUAAUAUUUGAAUUCAGUGCACUCAUUGAAUAAUAUAAAUACUGUAUUAUAACUUCAGAAUAAACCUUUGCUUAAAUUUAUAAUCAAAGAACUGAAAAUAAUAAAGAUGAGACACCUUAAAGUAUUGUCCAUUUAGCAGAUCUUACCUAUUAAAAAAUAUUAGAAGAUUAAACUCUUUGUGAAUAUUUUGUAGGAAUUUAAAUGGAUGAAUAAGCUAAGAAAUUAGGAAGUAUAUUACAUUAAAUGAUGGGUUGGAAUUGUGGUGUUGAUUAAGUCUUGAAUUAUUUAAGAAAAUCCCAUUAAAGAAUGAAUCUGACAAAUGUUCAUUUUACUUUAUUCAAAUAACAUUUAGUUGAGGCUAUGAAAGAACUUGGAUUAAAGGAGAGUUAAAUAGAAUUGAUAACUAAAAGAAUGGAUGGUUAUAGAAGUUGUAUAGUGAAUUAAGAUUGCUUAUUAGAUUUUUAUUUCUAAUCUCCAACUCUAUUUAAGGUUUAAGUAAAGAAAUAUGAAGUGUUAUUAUAAAGAGAUCCUAGAUUUCGAAGUUUUCCAAAUAUACCCACUCUUUUAAGACAUGCUCAUUUUCUAUUAAAGUUUAUUACUCAUCAACAUUAACCACUUUUAACUAAUACAGAUCUAAGAACACUUCAUAAAUGUUGUGUCAUUUAAAGUGAAUGGUUAGAUGGUUUCAGAGAUAAUUUUUUUUAAUUAAUUAAAAACUAUAAUUUAGAUAGACUUAUAUUGUAGGAUUAUGCUGAUUUGUGGUUUUAAUUAAGAUUUAUUGUUAUGAAUCAACGUAGUAUAGAAAGUAUAGUUGGACCUUAAGGAUUGGAUCAAGUAUAAUACAAAGUAUAAAUAAAUCUACAGGACAAUGAAAUUUAUAGUGAUCAUUUUAGAAAUGCUGAAUAUUAACUAAAAUCUCAUGUGAAAAAGAUUGUUGGAUUUAUUUUUAGGAAUUCAUCAAUUUACAAAGCAAAUGAUUUAAGGGUUAUUCAUUAUCCAUUAAAAAUAGGAGAAUAAAGUUUUAAUUUGUUUGUAUAAUUAAUUAAAUAAGUUAUGCAAGAAGAGAAAUUGGGUGCCAAUUUAAUUCAUAUUGCUGAAUAGAUUUGUUAGUAUUAUAGAAGUAGCAUUUGCAAUUUAUGA